AUGUCAAUAUUGAUGCAAAGGCUGCCACCGGGUUUGCGUAUUAUUGUAACAAAGAAGAUGCAAGAGGAGGAAUGGUCUUUGGAUAAACUUAUGACAAUCUUUCGACAGGAAUUAGAGACUAGAGAAAGAGCAAAUCUGCAGUGUUUACCUUCGUCAAAGUCCAGUUAUCAACGAAAUAAACCGGGAACAGCUGCUACUCUUUUCGCGGGACUGCACGACACUACCUGUUCUUAUUGUCAAGGAAAGCACUUAUCUGCACAUUGCAAGACAGUGACCAAUGUGGUUGCAAGGAGAGAUAUUCUGAAACGAAGUGGACGGUGUUUU